CCCUGAGCGCUGCGGGGCCCCGGAGGCGACGCUCCCAGCAUCACCACCAUGUCGCACGAGAAGAGCUUCCUGGUGUCGGGGGACCCCUAUGCAGGCCCGCAGCCUCCGAUGCCCCCCGGCUACGUCCAAGCUCCGUAUCCAGUCCAAGCUCCCCACCCACAGGGUCAGUUCCAGCCUUCACCUUAUGGCCAGACUGGCUAUCCUCCGAGCCCCUACCCGGUUGCUCCCUACCCCCAAGCCGCGCCCUACGGACCUUAUCCACAAGCUGCGUACCCUCAAGGGCCUUACCCACAGGCUCCCUACGCGCAGCCGCAUCCUGGAGCACCUAUGAGCGCACCUGACCCGAUGCAGAACAACUACCACGAGGACGGUCCACCUUCUUACUACGACAACGAUGGCUUCACCCCCAGCAACUGGGGUGACAAGAACAUCCGGCAGGCUUUCAUUCGCAAGGUUUUCCUGGUGCUGACCAUCCAGCUCUCUGUGACCUUCUCCUUUGUGGCCAUCUUCACCUUUGUGAAGGACGUGAAGGGCUUUGUGCGCAAGAAUGUCUGGACGUACUACGUCUCCUAUGCGGUUUUCUUCAUCUCCCUCAUCGUCCUGAGCUGCUGUGGGGAUUUCCGGCGGAAGCACCCAUGGAACCUCAUCGCCCUGUCCAUCCUGACGUUGAGUCUCUCCUACAUGGUGGGCAUGAUUGCCAGUUUCUACAACACGGACGCUGUCAUCAUGGCCGUGGGCAUCACGACUGCCGUGUGCUUCACCGUCGUCAUCUUCUCCUUGCAGACCAAGUACGACUUCACCUCCUGCCGCGGCGUGCUGAUCGUCUGCCUGAUGGUCCUGUUCAUCUUCGCCAUCCUUUGCAUCUUCAUCCGGAACCGCAUCCUGGAGAUCGUCUACGCGUCCCUUGGGGCCCUGCUCUUCACCUGCUUCUUGGCGGUGGACACACAGCUGAUCCUGGGGAACAAGCAGCUGGCUAUCAGCCAGGAGGAGUACAUCUUUGCGGCCCUCAACCUCUACACGGACAUUAUCAACAUCUUCCUGUACAUCUUGGCCAUCAUUGGCCGUGCCAAGGAGUAGGCCACCUCCAGCCCUUUCCUCCCUCACAGUCCCCUCCCCUCCCCAGUUUUGUUCUCUUUUCCCUACGGGCUUGGUUGGUGUGCUGGGGUCGGGGUCCUUAUGCUUCCAGGGAAGGCGGCACCGCAAGGUGGCUGCAGUGGGCGCUUGCCUUUGGCCUGCCUGCCCGGAGAGAGGAAGAG